GGUUUAGAGAAACUGCUAGAUUUAAGUUGGGUGACACAUUUGUGGGGUUUGUGGGGAGGUUGUUGUAUCUGGACAGAGAACCUGAGGUACAUUCUCAGAGGCUGGCCCAGGUUGGACACACGGCAGGUGUUACGUUGGGAAGAAAGCACUGCUUCUGCCAUGACAACCAUGUGGGGAACUGAACAGACCACACUGGAAGCUGGCCUUGGUGCACAGCAGCAGGGACUGCCUUUCCGCCUGCACUCAAAACUGUGGAAAAGGAUGGCAGAGAAAUUCUUGAGGGGAGAACCCAAAAUCCUUGGGGUCGUGCAGAUUAUGAUUGCCCUUCUGAACUUCAGCAUAGGAAUCCUGAUGAUGAGUGUCACACUGCCAUUCAGAUCAUUUCAUCCUGUGUCAGUGUACAUAUCAUACCCAAUUUGGGGCUCAGUGAUGUUUAUUAUAUCUGGAUCAUUUUCCAUUGCAGCAGCCAGAAGAACUACAAAAGGGCUGGUUGCAAGCAGUCUGGGCUUGAACGUUACCAGCUCCGUGUUUGCCUUCUCAGGGAUCAUCAUUAGUGCGCUGAGCCCAGGCAUUUAUUCAUUCCAACUCUAUUACUGUAACCAUAAUGACACAGAAGGAAAUUUUUGCAUGACCACUUCCAUUUUAAUGGGUCUGGAUAUUAUGGUGGCUGUUUUAAGUGUACUGGAAUUUUGCAUUGCUGUGGCUCUGUCUGCCUUUGGAUGUAAAGUGACUUGUUGUUACACUGGUGAGGUUGUAAUACUUAUGCCACCAAGUCUUCCAAUGGCAGAAACAGCAUCUCCUGCAUCAUUUCAAGAAGGCUUGAUGUCACCAGCACCUCAAGAGAAAAGUGUUCCAGAAAAUCAGCACUGAUAGUGGUGCUAGAUCCUACAUGGGAAAGCACCAGAAUGUCUGGUGUGUGUGUGUGUGUGUGUGUGUGUGUGUGUGUGUGUGUGUGUAAGAAAUUCAGCAGACCAUUCUAUUAACUCUUCAUGGGAAUGGAAUAAAUGAACCAUUCAUUUAUUGGCAAAUGACAUUUGAUCAUGUUUCAUCCUCAGAACAUUCUAGAAGGGUUUUAAGUAAGUGUCCUAGUUUGUUUUACUGUCGCUGUGAUAAACAUUUUGGCCAAAAGCAACUUAGAGGGGAACAGGUUCAUUUCAUUUUAAGUUACAUCUCAUCCUUGAGGGAAACCAGGACAAGUUUUCAAGCAGGGACAGAGCUUGAAACAGAAACCAUGGAGGAACCUGCUUAUGGGCUUGCUUCCCCUG